AUGCUGAUCACGCUGUGCUACCUGUACCUGUGGGCGCGCUGGGGGCCGCGCUCGGCCGCGCUCGUCCGCAGCACCGUGCGGAGGCUGCACCGCACCCGCUGCUCCUUCACCUUCUGCGCCCGCCAGCCGCAGCCCGAGGAGCGCGUGUGCCUCCGCAUCGGCGGAAAGGUGUUCUGCACCGGCGAGGCGCAGUUCCUUGAUGACUUAAACAGGUGGAGUGCUCUUCUCAUUUCCCCCUUUAUCCACCCUGAGAGGCUGCUGCCAGCAGAGCACAUUGCUUUUGUGACAGAAACCAUUUCUGCUCAGACAGAGAACGUGCAGAGAGGACCUGACUCCUCAAAGGAGAUUGUGAAGUGGUCAGACUUUUGUUCACCCUUGGCCUAUAAACCUGGUGAACCUUUUAAGUUAAUUGCUGAAGCCAGUGUAGAUAAUUUCAGUAGCCUUGGAAUAGCCUUCCUGGAAGACAGGCUGCAGAUGGAUAACGGGAUGGUGCCACACAGGAUUGUUUCUGUCCAUUUAGAGGAAUCUACUCUGAAGGAGUUGACAAAGGAAAAAGAGGUGAAAGAGAAAAGCCCAGACAUGGAUGCGGUAAAUCCUGCAGGGAAAUCAGGAUCAGGACGAGGUGAGGAGAAGAAAUCCAAGCAGAAAGAAGAAGAAGGGAGGGAGCAGGAGGAGGCAGGAGCUGGGGAACAGCAUCACUUGCACCUCUCCAGCUGCCACGAGUGUCUGCAGCUUGAGAACAGCACCAUUGAAUCGGUGAAAUUCGCCUCCGCCGAAAACAUCCCCGAGCUUCCCGACCACUGCAGCAGCACCACGCAGGAGAAGGAGGAGGAAUGUGUGCAGAAAGGAGUAAAAAGAAUAAACCUCUCUGGGAAACCCCCUAAUAUACUGAUUUACCUGGGCUCUGAGGCUGCCAAGGAGAGGUUGGAGCAGGUGAAAUUGGUGCUGAGGGAAUGCGUGGAUGCUGAGAGCUACACCAUGUACCAGCUGCAGCAGGAGCAGGUGCUCAGGGAUCCCUGGGUGGAAAACUCCCUGCUGCUGGUCAUUGCCACAGAGGAGCCCAUUCCUGAGGCCAGCCACCAGCAAUUUAUGACAUUUCUGUCCAAAGGGGGGAAGAUUCUUGGGCUUUCUUCGUCCUUCACGUUUGGGGGCGUGCAGAUAAAGCAGAAGAACAAGCUGAGGAAGGCAGUGCAUGAGCUGGUGGUGGCUAAAAAGGACAGCACUGAGGUGAAGCUGAACCUCCUGGUCAGUGGCUGUGUGUUUGAGGAGGGGAUGAAGGGAGAUCCCAGCACAGUGAAGGUGUUGAGUCGAUUAAAUAACGCUGAUAAAGACGCAGUCAUGGUCCAUCUGACUCACGGCAGCAGCGGAGGAGAAGCCAUCCUGUGCCAGGCUCAUUUGGAGCUGGACAGCAAUUCCAUGGAUGUGCAAAGUGAAGAGGAUUUUAAUUUGCUCAAGAUGAGCAAUUCCACGAGAUGUGAAGUUCUCAAGGAGAUCCUGACAGGCCUUGGGCUGAGCUGUGAAUUGAGUGAAAUUCCUGCUUUAACUCCCAUUUAUCUGCUCUCUCCUGAUGAGGAAAUCCAUCUUGCUUUCCUGAAAUGGCUGGAGGGAAACGUGGAUGCUGAGGGACUGAGGCCAUCCAGCAAGGUGUCUCUGAAAUUCGUUUCUUCCUGGGAGUCCAAAGUGGAGGUGACUCCAUCCCUGAUGCCAGUGGUCACGGAGAUGGGGAGUUUCUCCUCAGAACAUUUCAGCCUGGAGAUUUAUCAGCAGCAUCUGCAAACCAAGAAGCUGGGAAAGAUCCUUCUUUUCACUGAGGUGACCACGACAACCAUGAAUCUGCUGGAUGGGUUAAUGUUCGAGUUGCCUGAGGAGAUGGGUUUAAUAGCAGUGGCUGCUCGACAAACACAAGGGAAAGGUCGUGGUGGGAAUGCUUGGCUCAGUCCCCUGGGCUGUGCCCUGUGCACUCUGCACAUCUCCAUCCCUCUGCAUUCCAACCUGGGCCAGAGAAUUCCUUUUAUCCAGCACCUGGUGUCCUUGGCAGUGGUGGAGGCAGUCAGAUCCAUACCAGGAUAUGAGGACAUUGAGCUGCGAGUUAAGUGGCCAAAUGACAUUUACUACAGUGAUCUGAUGAAGCUCGGUGGAGUUCUGGUAAACUCAACACUCAUUGAAACAACAUUUCAUAUUCUCAUUGGCUUUGGGUUUAAUGUGAAUAACAGCAACCCCACCAUCUGCAUCAAUGAUCUCAUUGCAAAGUUUAACAGGGAAGAGGGGACAGAGCUGAAGCCUCUGAGUGCAGAUUGUCUCAUUGCAAGGACUGUGACUGUGCUGGAGAGGCUCAUUGAGGUUUUUCAGGAGAAGGGCCCCAAUGGAGUUCUUCCCCAGUACUACAAGUACUGGGUGCACAGUGGGAAGCAGGUGCAGCUGCACAGCGAGCACGGCCCCAUGGCCUGGAUCGUUGGCAUCGAUGACUACGGAUACCUGCAGGUGCACCAGGAGGGCAAGGGCGUGGAGUCUGUGCACCCUGAUGGCAACUCCUUUGACAUGCUGAGGAACCUCAUCGUCCCCAAGCACUGACAGCCCCCAGGGAGCUCUGGGCACUGCCACCUCAGCCCCUGCAAGGUGGGAAGGGGAGCCCUAAGUUUGAUUUUUUUUUUUUUUUUUUCCUUCUGAUUCUCUGCUUUGUGUUUGCUGUGGGGAGCUUCAGCAGUGAGAAGAGGUGGUGACCUCCCAGCUGAAGGCCUUUAUUCUGCUCAUUCACUUUAAAACACACCUCUGUUGCCAUUCUUUGUGAGGAUCUGUUCUUUUCAAGGAGUCUGAUUGCAAAGGAGUAUUUUUGAUGAACAGAGCUUUCUCUUCAUUUACACCCUUGGAGAGACUGAAGUGGCUUGAUAUUUCCUUUUUUUUUUUUUGUUUCUGAGUGAUUUAGCACAGCGCAGGACAUUAUUUACUUUUUUACUUUGAUUUUUUUAAGAUUAAAUUCUGUUUUUCUGUGUUUUCUGCACUAAAACCAGCUGGAACAUCACAUAUUCCUGAAUUGCUGGGAUCACCACUGUGCUUAAUUCCAGGUCUGAGUGAAGAUCCUUGCUGAUUUGGUUCUUCUCUGUGCAGACCUCUACAAUAAUUCACCAACCUGUGCUUUGAUCUCAGCUCUUAAUGGCUGCCUUGAGUUUUUGGGAGAAUAUUCCAUCAGCACCUAGGAGCUGGGCUUGGUUAUCCAAGUGAUUUGCACUCUGCUGUCCUCAGUCUGUUGGAUCUGAGUAAAUCAUCUCAUCUGUCCUUCAAAUCAUGGUUUUCCAAGAGGGUUCAGCCCCUGGAAGAAAAACCCACUGGAGCAGUGUCACACCCAGGUUACUGCAGAAUCCCAUCUCAGGGGAUGGAACCUCUAAUUAAUUCAGAAUUUAGUGGUAAUUAUGUCAUUAUCUCAAUGAAGUUAAGUGAAUAAAUAAGGGGAAUAAAUCAAAUUCCCUGCUGCAAACAGCUACUCCAGUGAAAAAGAGAAAUCACACCAUUCCCCCAUGUCCAAAUUCUCUUCCACAGCUCUGUUGUCACCCCUUUUCCCAAGCCAGUGUCUGGAUUUGCUGCUGAGCACUAAAAACAAGAGCUUAAACACCUGCUGACCUGAAAUCAGCUCAUUUUUGGGGCUGCCUGCACAUUCCCAGGUGGGAGGAACAGCUGGGAAUUCUCCUGGAGCAGCCAUAAGGGAGCUUGGUGGGGUUUUCUCCCCAGAAAAUUCUGUGCCAACCAGGAUUGUCCCAGGUGUGGUGUGGACACCUUAAUUUCUUUUCUUUUUUAUUUUUUUUUCCUGGUGGAUCAGCCAGAUUGGUUUCCAGAAAGGAAACCAUUCUCUGCUAGCCAGAAAUGGGGUUUUUAGGUUAAAGUUCACCUCAUAAACUAUCCAAACAUUUUAGAUUGUUUCAGCUCCAAAGCCAAGAAAUCUUAAAACAAGGAAACUCUUCUGUGAUGGUAAUUUUGACCAAUCCUCACAUAUUAGGGUUUAGGUGGUUUUGGCAGCAAGGGUAGAAAUUAAAUUGUCCCUGUUCAAUUUAGGAUUUUAUGCUCCAUCUCACAGAAGAUUUAUCCUGAUUGUCCAAACCCUGCUGGGGGUUUUAUCCCAUGAGGCUGCACACCAGCAUCUCCUGGAACUGUUAAUUACCAUAAUUAACAUGGUGCACCAAGUUUAGCUUUUCCCUACCUGAUGCUUUCAACACUGCUUUGGGCUGAGAACAUUUGGCAGCUACCUUUGAUAUCAGAAUUCAAUAUUAUUGCAUGUUGUAAUCAACUGAAACUCGAGUCUGGCUUAAUAAAGCUUCAAUCAAAAGAAGAAACCAUGUAUUUAUAUAUAGAUCUAUAAAAAAUGGGUGUGCACAUUCUUCCUGCUGCAUCCUCAUUUAUUUUCUGCCUUUUUCUUCAUGAGCAAACUGUGCUGCUGCAGGAGAGCAGAGCUCUGGUGCUGCUUUUCCAGCCACAGAGUUUUACAAAACUUCACCUUAACCCAGAAUUUGUAGUUAAAAGUCUCUCAGCUUUAGGAUUUGACUGUAGGAGGCACCUUUUGGGUUUUGUUCAUGAGCAGCCAGGUCCUGCCUCAGCUUGGGGCUUGAGUGGCUUCCUUAAAACUUCUCUUCAAAUUUCUUUCUCCCUUCACUGGGGGUCAAAAAAAGGUGGGGAAAAGGAUAAAACAUGAGAAUUUUGGAAGGGCAGAAUGAGUUUGUAAAGCUCCAGUGGCUGAGCAGCAGCAGAGGGAUUUUUUAACAGCAAAAUGCUGCAACAUUUCCUGGUUGGUGUUGGUCCUUUUGUGGCUGCCUUAACGAUGAGCUGGUUCUAUUCUCACUUGGAGUUGUCAGAUUAUUCCCAAAAUUUUUGCACUGGGAAGAAACUUGGAGUGGAAUUUCCUUAUCUCCCCAAUCCUGGAUGUGCCAGAGCACAGAGGGAGCUGUGGGAGCCACUUUGCCUUUUCAGUGACCUCUCCUGGUGUCUCAGACUUCAGGCUGGGUUUGGAUGAAGGAUUUGUUGUUUGCCUUCAGAAGAACCAAAGACAAGGAGAACUCCCAUGGGCCAAGGAGCAGCUGGAUGAAAUCCUUGUGGAUGAGUCCUUGGAGAAGCCCCUGACUCAGUCAGGGAGAUGGGAAGCACAAGAGUCUGACCCAAAAAGCCACAACGUUUUUGCAGGAAAAUCCUUGUUUUUCUUGUUCCCCAUGUGUGUGACAGACAAAUGUGGUGUGGGGUGUCCCUGGAUGUGGGGAUGGAGAGAUCAGCCAGCUCCAGGCCCAGGAAUAAUGCACUGAAAAUGUUUCAUUUCAUUCAGCUGUCUGGAUUAGUAAAACACCUCUUCCAUUGUGAGGCUGAGCUCAUAUCUUAAACUAUUUUCUUGAUGAAGUGCUUUCAAAAAACCCAUUUAUUACCAUGUCCAUAUUUCUGUGACUUCAUUUUUUUUUAAAUUUUUUUUUCCCUGCUGGGCUCUGGUAGAACAUUUCUCAUGGUGAAAACAUUUGUGGGGGUUGUUUAUUGAUAGGAAAACUUCUGGGUGUGUUGGCACGUGUGCGAGGCCGGGGUGGGUCGUGCCCAGUCAGCAACAAAGCUGCUUCCAAAGGUUUGAAAAAGUAAUAAUGUACUUCACAUUUCAGAGUCCAGGCAGCACAUCCUGCUUCUAGUAAAGCUUUUAUAAGACUUCAGAGCUUUUUUUUUUUUUUAAAUAUAUCCAACAAAUCAAGGGCUAUUACCUGGAAAUAAUAUUAAAGCAUUUAAUACUUUAUGCUGCUGCUUCACUGUGCAAAAAUUCGUUUCUUUGCUUUGUCUUGAUUCAGCUGCAUCAGCAGCCUGGAAAAAAAUUUACUUUUUGCAACUCCUUUGGAGCUCUCUAUAAUCAAAAUAUCUGUCAUGGGAAAGAUUUGUGCUGGUUCCUGGGGGUAACUGGUUUGAUAAAAACAUUUGCAUGUCUAAGUGGUGGUGGGGAUGCACUGCCUUGAUCAGACACCAAAGAAAUUAAAUCUGGGCCCAGGAAAGAGCAGAGGUCAAAAAAUGAUGGAGAAAAGAGAACUGCAGGGAAGAAUUGUCAAGUGCUGAGUAUCUCAUUAGUGAUUCUGUGUUAUUUGCAUUUUCCAAAUGUCUUCUUUUAAAAUGCAGUGUCUUCAUUUAAAAUGCAACGUGGCAAAAAUACAGUAAAUUUUACAAAAAUAUCUCUGUGUGUUUUAUAGUACAUUAAUUGUCAAUUAUAGAACAUGUCACAGUUGAAAUAAAUUUUAAAACAUC